AUGAUUAUACGAGGUUUGAUUCCGUACGUCUUAUUUUUAAGCUGCUUAGCUUUGGUUACCAAUUCUGUCCCAUAUCUAUCCAUCUGGCAUUUUGUGGACCACCGACGUUAUGGAGCGUUUCCGGAAGAGGAUCAUGUCAGUCUUGCCUACGUUCUUGGUGGGAACUUUAUGACUCGUCUCAUGUUUAUGCAACAUUUCAAAAGUGUUCUCAACUACUCGGAUCACUAUUUCCGUCUCUACUUUAUCGUAGAUGACGAAAAUAGAGAAGAUGUGAAUGAUCUGAUGACGUCGUGGAAUAUUACCAACUGUAAGUUACCCAAGCUGAUUAUGCCAACCACUUUUUUCAGGUGA